UCUCCAAUUGCUCUUAGCGUUACUCAUGAUUUCCUAUACCUUCCUCCCAAAAGAAAAGACACUGAUUCUGUCAUUGCACUCUUAUUAUUAUUUUUUCAACUAAGCUAUCUUUCUACAUUUUAGCCUCCCCCUCUUUCUCUGUGCACUUAUUAACCUCCAUUGUCAUGUCUACUUUGGGGUUGCCAAAAUCCGACGAGAUUGUCAUAUGUGAUGAAGUCUGGUCGGUCUCCAAUAAUAUCCCCAAGCGGAGAUGGCGGUUGGCUAUCACUGUCAUAUACUUCACCACGGUUCUUGUUUCUUUGACCAAGAAAGUUCUUGACAAAGAUGGCCCUCUGUUGCGCACUCUUUCUUAUGUUUCUAUAGACGUGCAGGACAAAUCCGUUCCUUCCUUGCUCGGUGUUGAUCCAAAAAAGCUCGGUGACAUGGUAAGGAACAAAAACUUUGAGACUUUGAGUAAGUUUGGUGGAGUUAAAGAACUUGCUUUCAUUCUUCAAACUAAUGUAAAAAAUGGUAUUAAGGGUGAUGAGGCUGAUCUUAUUCAGAGACAGAAUAUUUUUGGUGCCAAUAAAUACCCAAAACCACCAGCUAAAAAGUUUCUCAGAUUUGUGUAUGAGGCACUUAAAGAUACAACAAUUUUAAUACUUUUGGCAUGUGCUAUGCUCUCUCUUGCCUUUGGAAUCAAGCAACAUGGCUGGAAAGAUGGUUGGUAUGAUGGUGGGAGUAUCAUUGUUGCUGUGUUCUUGGUCGUUGCUGUCUCAACAGGGAGUGACUAUAAGCAAUCAAGGGAAUUUCAGAAACUCUCAACUAAGAGCAGUGAUAUAAGAGGGGAAGUUGUCAGAGAUGGGAGGCGCCAACCUGUAUCGAUAUUUGAUGUCGUUGUGGGUGAUAUUGUAUGCUUAAAGAUUGGUGAACAGAUUCCUGCGGAUGGGUUGUUCUUGGAAGGACAUUCCUUGAAGGUGGAUGAGUCUAGCAUGACUGGUGAAAGCGAUCCUAUUCAGAUUGAUGAAAGGAAUCCCUUUAUGUUAUCAGGCACAAAGAUCACGGAUGGCUUUGGCUUCAUGCUUGUCACUUCUGUAGGCAUGAACACCGCGUGGGGUGAGAUGAUGAGUUCAAUAAACCGUGAAUUGAAUGAGGAGACACCAUUGCAAGCACGCCUCAACAAGUUAGCUUCUUAUAUUGGGAAAGUUGGGCUGGUGGUGGCUGCACUUGUCCUUGUUGUUAUGCUCAUUCGCUAUUUCACAGGGAACACCAAAGAUGACAAGGGAAACAAGGAAUUCAAUGGUAGCAAGACCAAGUUUGAUGAUGUGAUGAAUGCAGUACUGAGCAUUGUGUCUGCUGCUGUUACUAUCAUUGUGGUGGCUAUUCCUGAAGGCUUGCCUUUGGCUGUUACUCUAACUCUGGCGUAUUCUAUGAAAUGUAUGAUGGCUGAUCAUGCUAUGGUCAGAAAACUAUCUUCUUGUGAGACAAUGGGCUCGGCCACAAUAAUUUGCACAGAUAAAACAGGCACUCUUACACUAAAUGAAAUGAAAGUUACAGAAUUUUGGCUUGGAAAGGAGGCCAUGGAAGAUGACAAUUAUUCUAAUUUGGCAGGUAAUAUACUCAAACUACUACAACAUGCAGUUGGCUUAAACACAACUGGUACGGUUUACAAACCAAAUUCUACAUCAGUUCCUGAGGUUUCUGGCAGCCCAACUGAGAAAGCCAUUCUUUCUUGGGCUGUAUUUAAUUUGGGUAUGAAUAUUGAAGAAGUAAAGCAAGAUUAUCACAUAAUCCAUGUAGAGACAUUCAAUUCUGCGAAAAAGAGAAGUGGAGUUUUGGUGAGGAAUACCAAUGAGAAGACCAUUCAUACUCAUUGGAAGGGAGCUGCUGAAAUGAUAUUGGCUAUGUGUUCAGCUUAUUAUGAUAGAGCAGGGGUGCUAAAAGUAAUGGAUGAAGAAGAAAGGUUACAACUUGAGACUAUUAUCAAGAAUAUGGCACAAAAAAGCUUACGAUGCAUUGGCUUUGCCCAUAAAGAAGUUACAGAAGAAAGUGGACAACCAAUUGAGAAGCUUGAAGAAAAUGGGCUAACAUUAUUAGCGUUAGUUGGCAUGAAAGAUCCAUGUCGACCAGGAGUUAGUACAGCUGUGGAGUCUUGUAAAGCUGCUGGGGUGAAUGUCAAAAUGAUCACUGGUGACAAUGUGCACACAGCAAAGGCAAUAGCUUUUGAAUGCAAGAUUCUCAAUCCUAAUGAGGAUUUAGGUGAUGAAGCUGUAGUAGAAGGGGAACAAUUCAGGAAUUACUCACCUGAAGAAAGAGUGGAAAAAGUCGAUAAAAUCCAUGUAAUGGCCAGGUCAUCCCCUAUUGACAAGCUUCUGAUGGUACAGUGCUUGAAGCAGAAAGGUCAUGUGGUUGCAGUCACAGGUGAUGGAACCAAUGAUGCUCCUGCUUUAAAGGAAGCAGACAUUGGGCUUUCCAUGGGGAUCCAGGGAACUGAAGUGGCAAAAGAAAGCUCAGAUAUAGUCAUCUUGGAUGAUAAUUUUACCACUGUGGUUACAGUAUUGAGGUGGGGAAGGGUUGUAUAUAACAACAUUCAAAAAUUUCUUCAGUUUCAGCUCACAGUGAAUGUUGCUGCCCUUGUCAUCAACUUUGUUGCAGCUAUUUCUUCAGGUAAGGUCCCACUAACUGCAGUUCAACUAUUAUGGGUGAAUCUAAUAAUGGACACAUUAGGAGCUUUAGCCUUGGCUACUGAGAAACCUACUAAUGAUCUUAUGUCAAAGCCGCCUGUUGGUCGAUCAAAGCCACUUAUAACCAAAAUCAUGUGGAGGAAUCUCAUGGCACAGGCUGUGUAUCAGGUAACCACCUUAUUGGUUUUACAAUUUAGGGGAAAAUCCAUCUUUGGUGUAAAUGAGAACGUUAAGAACACCCUCAUUUUCAAUACUUUUGUCCUUUGCCAAGUUUUCAAUGAAUUUAAUGCAAGAAAAUUGGAUAAGAAGAAUAUAUUCAAAGGGAUACUUAAGAAUAAGCUGUUUUUAUCAAUUGUUGGGAUCACCAUAGUUCUUCAACUGGUGAUGGUGGAAUUUCUGAAUAGGUUUGCCAAUACUGAGAGACUUGAUUGGGGGCAAUGGGGUGCUUGCAUUGGACUUGCAGCUUUGUCUUGGCCGAUUGGUUGGCUUAUAAAGUGCAUCCCAGUUUCAGGCAAGAAGUUGGCAAACAAAAGAGCUUCUCCAUCCUGAACGACUAGCCAUGAUCAGCUCUUACCAAGACAUACUUUUCAUAUCUUCCUUUGUUUAAUAUAAGUGCCAGAAAAUUUUUAGGCACUCUACUAUUCAUCAUGCAUCCCUCUCAAUAGUUUCUUAAUUUUAGUUAUGUAAAUAUCAAUUUAGUUACUGCAUAUUACCAGUUCAUGUCAUGAAUUGUAAUUUCUUGAAU